AUGCUGACUGCCCGCCUCUCCAGACCCCUGUUACAGCUUCCAGGGAAAACCCUGAGUUUCUAUGAUAGAGGCAGUGGAACAAGGCACACGCUACUGUUUUCCUCCAGCUCCUUUGCUCCUGUCAGCCGUAGAACUUAUGCUGGCCAGGUGAAUCCGGUUGGCAGUAAGGCUGUCCUGAUCACAGGCUGUGAUUCCGGAUUUGGGUUCUCCUUGGCCAAUCACCUACAUUCACAAGGCUUCCUCGUGUUUGCUGGCUGCUUGCUGAAGAACAAGGGGGACAGUGGAGUCCAGAAACUGGACAGCUUGAAGAGUGACCGACUGAGAACCGUCCAGCUCAACGUCUGCAAAAGUGAGGAGGUGGAGGAAGCAGUGGAAGUUGUCCACUCAAGCUUGAAGAAUCCUGAAGAAGGGCUGUGGGGCCUGGUGAACAACGCAGGCAUAUCCACCUUUGGGGAGGUGGAGUUCACCAGCAUGGAGACCUACAAGGCGGUGGCGGAAGUGAACCUCUGGGGAACAGUGCAGACGACAAAAUUCUUUCUCCCACUCAUCCGAAGGGCCAAAGGCCGUGUUGUCAACAUCAGCAGCAUGCUGGGCCGCAUGGCCAACCCAGCCCGCUCCCCGUACUGCAUCACCAAGUUCGGGGUGGAGGCCUUCUCUGACUGCCUGCGCUAUGAGAUGCAUCCACUGGGCGUAAAGGUCAGCGUGGUAGAACCCGGCAACUUCAUCGCAGGCACCAGUCUCUACACCCCUGAGAGUAUCCAAGCCAUGGCCAAGAAGAUGUGGGACGAGCUGCCCGAGGUAGUGCGCAGGGACUACGGCAGGAAGUACUUUGACGACAAGAUCGCCAAGAUGGAGAACUACUGCAGCAGCGGCUCUACCGACACGUCCCCGGUCAUCGAAGCCGUCACACACGCCCUGACUGCCACCACCCCCUACACUCGCUACCACCCCAUGGACUACUACUGGUGGCUGCGGAUGCAGAUCAUGACGCACUUGCCCGCAGCUGUCUCGGACAAGAUCUACAUACACUGA